AUGUCAAAAUCAAAGCUAAAGAAAUGCCUCAGAAAUCUUAAACUUCAGAACGGCAAACUGGAAGAAAUAAAAUAUGUCAGUAGACUGUUGCGGAAGAAAUUGCAGUCACAUGUUCAGCGUAAUUAUGAAGAAGAAUUAAGUAAAGAUUUUUGGAAAUUUUGUAAAAAAGAGUUUGAAGAAUCAGAGACACAAGAACCGAAUUUUGACGAAUCGUCCUGCUAUGAUUAUUUUAGAAAUAUUUUCUUCGAAAAGCAUAAAAACCGAACAUUCAACCUUCCCUCUUGGCUUAAACCAUUUCCAGUGCCAUCGAGCAAUUUCGACCUGGAAUGUCCAACUUACCAAGAAAUAACGAAAAUAAUUCGGAAAAUGAAAAGUAGUGGUUCUCCUUGCCCUAUUGACCAAAUAAGUAUUAUUCCUUUUAAACGGUGCCCCAUCCUGAGAACACAGCUUUGGAGACUCCUUUCGAAAUGCUGGACCGAAAAAUAUAUUCCGACUAUCUGGAAACGUGCUGUUGCGGUACUCAUUUACAAAAAGGAUUCACCUGACAAUCCUGCUAAUUUUCGCCCAAUUGUUUUAGAGCCAGGCAUGUUGAAAGUUUUCACCUCUGCGAUAAGGAACAAAAUUUUCAAAUUCGUGCGCGAUAAUAAAUAUAUCGAAACAAACAUUCAAAAGGGUUUCUGGCCAGGCUUGUCUGGUACAGUUGAACAUACUGAACUGUUAAACUAUUUAUUAAACCACGCCCGCAACAAGCAGCGGUCUAUCAUUGUCACUCUAAUCGAUCUCAAAAACGCAUUUGGAGAAGUGCACCAUAACCUGAUAAAAUCUAUUUUAAAAAGUCACCACAUUCCUGACGAAAUCACUGGUAUGAUAGAAAACCUUUACACUGAUUAUGGUAUCUCAAUCGUGACGAAGAAUUUUAUAACCAUACCGAUAUCUGUAGAACGGGGCGUACUGCAGGGAGACUGUUUGUCCCCCUUGCUUUUCAAUUUAUGCGUGAAUUCACUCAUUAACACGAUAAAUGAUGAAAGAAUACAGUGCCUUGGUUAUGUUAAUGAUAUAUCCUUAAACCCUCGUCAUUGGUUCCAAUUUGCGGACGAUGCUGCAAUUAUAUCUGCACAUAACGAAGACAAUCAACUACUGUGUAAUGCAUUUAGUAAAUGGUCCUCUUGGGCAGACUUAUAUAUCCGAGUAAAUAAGUGCCACACUUUUGGGAUCAAAAAGUUUGGGACAAAAGCAGUCCAGUAUAAACCUACUAUAAAAAUCUCUGGUCAACAGGUUCCCCCAAUCGAGGACGGUGAAAGUUUUAUGUAUUUAGGUAAACAAUUCAAUUUUGAAAUGGAUUGUACUGAAACCAAAAUUGAGAUUCUUGAUGAAAUCCAACACUACUUAAAGAAAAUUGAUCUUAACAAAAUUUGGUCAAACUUUGUAGAACUAAAAGAACAAUCCGUGAUCAUUACCUGCUUAACUGAUACUUGCUAUAAGAAGAUGAUUAAAGUAUGACACGAAAUUGUCACUCGAAUGCCCAGCAAUAUAGUAUGCUUUGCUAGGAGAGCGUUAAUUUUAAGUUUAGGAAAUAAUUCUAACCUAAAGCGCUGGAACAUUCGUGACUCCGCCAACUGUGAGCUGUGCAACAAGUUACAAACCCAGCUACACGUUUUUUCCAACUGCAAGGUAGCCCUAGAACAACAACGCUAUACUUGGCGGCAUGACUCGAUUCUGAUGACUAUUAUCCAUCACUUAAAAGUCGCAGUUGGUGCAGAUCUUCGACUGUUUGCGGACUGUCCUAAUUCAGGUAUGACCUGUACUUCAACUUUAUUUCGAACGCUAAGACCUGAUAUAGUGGUGGAUUUUAAGGGUUCUGUAUAUGUGGUUGAAUUAACUGUUCCCUACGAAACCAAUUGUACGAAGGCUAAACGUCGCAAGAAAGAAAGAUACAGACAUCUAAGAUCUGAGCUGAUCACGGCGUGUUAUGCGUUUGAAGUUAUUACACUUGAAGUAACCACUCUAGGGUUUGUGUCGAAAGAUAUUGACAGAUUUCGUAGAUUAUUACGAACACUUGAAAUGAACGACGAACGUAUUAUUAAAAAAUGUAUGGAGGUAGCUCUGAGAGCAACAUUCUACAUUUACUGCAGAAGAAAUAAGCCGUGGAAUAACCCAGACUUACUGAAUUUUUAUUAGCUACUAUUGAUACAAAGUGUAGAGAAUGGACCUAUCUGUCUAAUAUAGUGAACUGUUUCUCUAUUUUCCUGAUUUAAUUGAAAGUCUAAUUAUGUGAUAUAUUUGUAUAAAUUAUCAUGUUAUUAUUAAAGAUUUCUGUUGUUUAAAUUAUUAUUAUUAUUAUUAUUAUUAUUAUUAUUACGUUUCAAACAAUCACAUCCAUGUCAACUUUAUGCUGACCUAUCCGGCUACAAAAGCCCGUACUAACGUUGAACGCAAAAAAGCUAAAUAUAAAGAUCUAAUUAGAGAUCAAAGGGGUCACUUUGAUUCUGUUAAAUUUUUAAACUUAUCAAUGAGCUCUCUUGGUGUGUUUGACAAAGAAUGCUUCACAUUUUUAGAAAUGUUAGACACUAUAGGAAUCGAUAAAAAGCAUCAACAUUACUGCAUAAAAAAGAUGACGUCUUAUGCCAUUAGAGCGACGUACUAUAUUUUUUGCUGUCAAAACAAAGAGUGGACAAACCCUGAAUUGUUAAACAUUUAAAUUAAUAACUAUAUAUAAUAAUAUAUAUAAUCAUAUACUCAUUUUAUUCCUGUUUUUACUGUAAAUAUUGUACCACAUAUGUAGUACUCGAUCUGUGAUUCAUGUAGCCAAUUGUAAAUUACCUAAGUCAGUAGUGAGAUUUACAAUUGUAUAUAUACGUAAAAAAUUCAAUAACGUUUUCAUUGUUAUUAUUAUUAUUAUUAUUAUUAUUAUUAUUAUUAUUAUUAUUAUUAUUAUUAUUACUAUUAUUAUUAUUAUUAUUAUUAUUAUUAUUAUUAUUAUCAUUAUUAUUAUUAUUAUUAUUAUUAUUAUUAUUAUUAUUAUUAUUAUUAUUAUUAUUAUUGUGUGAGAUACCAUAGUCGAUUGGCAGAGUUGGUCGCCAUAAAGAAAGGCGAAAAUUAUGCGACUACUAUGAGUUGGAUAAGAGCCAGAAUCUCAUUCGCUUUAUUGAAAUCGGCACUUACAUGCUUGAGGGGUUCAAGGGCAAGGAAAGUCAUGUAUGAUAUUAAGAACAUUGAUUUUAACAUUGAGAGCGCAGAGAGUGCUAUCUCUCAAACAUUUUAGACAGUACAUAUACAAUGCUUAGUUGUUUAGUUAUUUUACUGGAAUAUGUUAGUUUAGGUAUUUAGCUACUUAGCGGUUAAUAUUUUAAGUAUGUAACGGUAUAUGUCUUUAGAGUUUUUUUUUAGAAUUUAACUGUACAUAUCAACAAACAUUUAGAUACUUUCUUUUUUUAACAACAGAUUAUUUAAUAUAGUCAGUGAUUUCAAAAGCUGUAGUGCACACACUGAAAAAUAUGAAUAAAUUAUUAUUAUUACUAUUAUUAUUAUUAUAAAAAAAAAAAAAAGUAUUAAAGUAUUAAAAAGUAUUAAAGUAUUUACAUCAUGUCUGCGUAACGCAAUGUACUCCUUUCUCACCGCCAAUAACUUUAUAGAACAUAACAUACAAAAAGGCUUCACCCCAAAUCUGUCUGGUACUAUGGAACAUACUGCGCAAAUGGCUAAUAUAAUAAACAAAGCUCGUAUAAAACAACGUUCACAUGUCAUCACACUACUUGACCUCAAAAACGCUUUUGGAGAAGUUCAUCACAACUUAAUCCAAUCUGUCCUUGGCUAUCAUCACAUCCCUAAUCACAUGAAUAAUUUAAUAAAAAGCUUAUACACUGAUUUUAAAACUUCCGUAAUUACGUCUGAGUUCCGUACCCAUUUUAUACCUGUUGGCCGUGGUGUAUUGCAAGGUGACUGUCUUAGUCCUCUACUAUUUAAUAUAUGUUUCAACACAUAUAUUCAGCAUAUCAAAGCUGAAAAGUACCGUCAGUUCGGUUUCUCCCUCCAACUUCUUAAUCCAAUCCACUGGUUUCAGUUUGCCGAUGAUGCUGCGGUUAUUACUGGUCAAGAGUCGGAAAAUCAACAUCUCCUUAAUCGAUUCUCUAUCUGGUGUCAAUGGUCCAACAUGGUUGUUAGAGUUGAUAAAUGUAGCACAUUUGGCAUCAAAAAAGUUUUAUCAAAAUCUGCCCAGUACCUGCCGAAGCUUUUGAUCAAUAAGGAUCUCAUACCAACGAUUAAGACUGGAGAAUCAUUUGAGUAUUUGGGACGACAUUUCGACUUUAACAUGACUAAUGAAAAACAUAAAUCUGAAGUGAUUUCCAUCAUUGAUGAACUAAUGUCCGAAAUAGAUCUUAAACCUCUUCACCCAAAAAACAAAAUUUUACUAUACAGUCGUUAUGUUUUGUCAAAGCUAUCCUGGCAUUUUACUGUUGCUACGAUAUCUAAAACUUGGGUAGUCGAAAAUAUCGAUUCUUCGGUGAACAAGUACAUCCGAAAAUGGCUGGAAGUACCUAUAUCUGGAACACUAAGUAACGUUUUUCUAUAACCCGUAAUAAGUUUGGUUUAAAUAUCCUCCCUGCAUCAGUCAAAUUCAUUCAGUGUCAAACAGUUCUACGCAAUGCCCUAAAAACAUCUCCGUAACGUUCAAUACAAUAGCUACAACUCAACUAAAGAAGUUUUAAAAACUUUCCAUUCUCAACAAGAAAAUAAACUUAGGAACCGUUUGAAAUGUCAAGGUUCCUUUUUCGAAAAUGUUUCUAAAUUCUCGCUAUCACAACUUAACGCAAUCUGGUCGGUAUCGCAAUCAAAGCUACCAAAGAACAUUUUCAACUUUACAAUUCGCUAUAUAAAUAAUACCCUUCCUACCCGAAAGAACCUCAGUAGAUGGGGAAUUUCAUCAAGUUCUGACUGCUCGUUCUGCUUACACCCUGAAUCACUUCUACACGUUGUUGCCGGUUGUCAACAUUACCUGGAACGAUUUACUUGGAGACACGAUUGUAUACUAACCUUUCUUGCAAAAACUUUUCAAAGUUUAAACGAAUGCAAAUUACAUGUUGAUCUUCCUGGAUUUGAAAGCCCCUCGAUUAUUACGGGAGAUGAAUAUCGUCCUGAUUUACUUGUCUCCACUUCAGACAAACACCUCUACGUUGUUGAACUUACUGUAGGCUUUGAAUCAAACCUCACAAACAAUGUUAACCGCAAGAAAGCUAAAUAUAAAAACCUAAUUAGAGAACUGGAUCAAAACUUUACAUCUGUCAAAUUUAUAAAUCUUUCUGUCAGUUCGCUAGGAGUGUUUGACAAAGAAUGUCAUACAUGCGUAAAAAUGCUAAAUGAGUUAAGACUGGAUAAUCAACACCAACAAUAUUGUAUCAGAAAAAUUAUAUCUAUUGCCAUCCGAUCAACGUACUACAUAUUUUGCUGUAGAAAUAAAGAAUGGACAAAUCCCGAACUAAUGAACAUUUAA